AUGACGACCAUCUCGGCUGAGCAACUGGCCGAGUACAUCUUCGCUGGCGCAGACAAGGACGGCAAUGGCUGGCUCUCCCGAAACGAGUUGAAGAAGUUCCUCAGUGGACACGCUACUCUCAAGCAGCAUAUCCUCGAACGCGGUGGCCUCCACUGGAAGACCUUGUUUGAUGCACUGGACGAGAACCACGACGGGCGCAUCCAAGAGCACGAGCUCGCCGAGUUCUUGACAGACCUCCCUCCGUUGAAGACGUCAGACCCUGACGCAUUCGAUCCUGCGACUGCCCGUGAGGAGCAGGCCUCCAGCAGCAACAUCGACGAGGACCGCAACAGUGACGGCAACACAGAUGACGACGACCAGCACAACGAGCAAGAUAACAGGGGGAGCAGCGCAGCGAAAGCUGAGGAGCAUGACGAUGGGUCUGAAGAAGCAGGCGAGAUGACACCUGGAUACACGCUGGAGCAGGAGUUUGACCUCGCAGGCGAACAGCAGCAACAGGAGCAGGAGGAACAGGAGGAACAGGAGGAGCACAAGGGCGGGGACGAUGACGUUGGUGUUCCUGGUGUUCCUGAUGUUGAGCAAAGGGAAGACGAGCCAGCGCAUACCGGUGAAACAGAGGACACACAAAGUACACCGCCAUCAUCAACCGCUGUGACCGCAGAAGCAGCUGUCGAGGGGCAACACUCGCUCGCCGACGUCCAAAAGGAGUAUCAGGCGCAACUCCAAGCCCGCGAGGCACCAGUGCUCAAUCUCCAACAACAGCAGCAACAACAACAGCAACAACAACAACAACAACAACAACAACAACAACAACAACAACAACAACAACAACAACAACAACAACAACAACAACAGCAGCAGCCGGCGUUUCGUGCACGGGCGGCAACAGCGCCAACAAUGGCUCGAACAACUCUCGCCCCGCAGCAGACAGUCAUGAUUCAGCAGACGGUGGUUGAGGACUCAGUGCCUGCAAGCAUCCUGUACGAGCGAACAGCACAGCUCACCCGCCAGCGACUCUACGAGAUGUGGAACGCAAAGGGGAGUAUGGCGGAGGAUCAGGCUCUUCUCGACAAGGGCGUCGCUCCGCUCAUCAACACCAUCAGCACCUUCCGCCACCACAUUCUCCCGGAUGCGCAGCGAGAAGUGAAAGUGCUGGCCGACCGCCGAAGGGCCAUGGACGCGCACAAGUCCUGGCUCAAGUCCAAGGCGACGCAGCGGCGGCCCACGAAUCACAUGGACGCCAUCACCAAACUGCAGGCGUCGUCAGUCGAGACGUAUCAGCAAGAGCGGAGGGACGCUGUGACGAAGAUCCUGCUCACCGACGACUACCGCAUUCGCGUUCUCAGCGAACACAUGUCCAAUCUGACGGGCCAACUCGCCCAGUCCCGCGCGAAACUUGCUCAGACCUUCGCGCACGCAGCGGAGGAGAACAAGCGCCUGCUGUCGGAGCUUCAGCGAGACCUCCAGACAUACACAACCAGCACCCUCAUACAACCACAGCAGCAGCAGCACGAAGAGCAGGGAGGAGAGAACAGCGGACCAACCCACGCCACUGCACCAGCAACAUCAACAGCCUGAACUAUGUGUGUGUGUGUGUGUGUGUGUG